UCUGCAGCAUGUGAACGUUUACAAAUGCCCUUCCACAUAUGGCUACUUCUCAAUGACAAGCAUUGCCUAGAACGACAACUAAACUGGCGCGUGCGCAAUACCAAGGCCCGCGUCCCCGAAACAAGAUGGCGGAGAAGGUGGGGAGGAAGAGGCGGAGGCAGGUCCGGAUUGAAUAGAGCAAAGGCUAUACAAGGUUCCCAACAAACCUCUAUAAGGACAGGACAGAUGAGGAGAGAUGUCAAGUGAGAACCACGGAACAGUGAAGGGGGACACUGCUUUGGUGAUGUCUCCAACAGGCUCUGCCACACAGGGGUCUCCGGUCUCACCUUCAACUAGCAAGCCCAUGCCAGAGUUGCCAGACGAGCUCGUCCAGGCCGGCUGGUCGAAAUGCUGGAGCAAGCGGGAGAAUCGACCCUACUGGUUCAACCGCUUCACCAAUCAGUCGAUGUGGGAGAUGCCAAUCCUGGGGCAGCAUGAUGUCAUUUCUGACCCACUGGGUUUGAAUGCUGCCUCGGUGGAGGGGGCAGGUGACGCCGGCGUGGGCAACGGGCAGCGCAAGAGACUCCUGUCGGAGGAGGCCGCCCAGGGUGGUCUUAACAGCUUCAAGAGGCCCAAGAUUGAGAUUGGUAUACCUGUAACCCCAACAACCCCCACAGUGCCCAUCUCACCCAUUACCCCCAGGGCAAAGCCGUGGAACUCUACCACAGGCACAGAGGACAAGCCAGGUCAGCCGGCAUCGGCCCUAUACCGUCCCACCAUAAUAUACUGGGACCUGGACAUUCAGACUAACGCAGUGAUCAGAGAGCGAGCCCCCGCCAACCAUCUACCUCCCCACCCGGAGAUUGAGCUCCAACGCGCCCAGCUCACCACCAAGCUACGGCAGCACUACCAAGAGCUCUGCUACCAACGAGAAGGUAUCGAGCCCCCACGAGAGUCUUUCAACCGCUGGCUGCUGGAGCGCAAGGUACUGGACAAAGGGCCUGACCCCCUACUGCCCAGCGAUUGUGACCCCAUCAUCUCCCGGUCCAUGUUCAGAGAGGUCAUGAACGACAUCCCCAUCAGGUUGUCCCGCAUCAAGUACAAAGAGGAGGCCCGAAAGCUCUUAUUCAAAUACGCUGAAGCUGCCAAGAAAAUGAUUGACUCGAGAAAUGCCACACCAGACAGCCGGAAGGUUGUGAAAUGGAAUGCGGAGGACACCAUGAACUGGCUACGGAGAGACCACUCAGCCAGUAAAGAAGACUACAUGGAUCGUCUGGAGCACUUGCGGAAACAGUGUGGUCCCCAUGUAACGGCAGUAGCCAAAGACUCCGUGGAGGGAAUUUGUACAAAGAUCUACCACAUCUCAGUAGAGUACGUGCGACGUAUUCGCCAGGCCCACCAGACCCUGCUGAAGGACUGCAACAUCACGGACCCAGAGGCAGCCGAGGUGCAGGACAGGCUGGUAUACUGCUACCCCAUCCGGCUGGCCCUACCCUCACCGAACCAGCCCCGCAUUGAGCUGCACUUUGAGAAUGACAUCUCCUGCUUACGCUACAAGGGAGAGAUGGUCAAGGUCAACCGCGGCUACUUCGCCAAGCUGGAGCUCUUAUACCGAUACAGCUGCAUCGAUGAUCCCAGGUUCGAAAAGUUCCUGUCACGAAUAUGGUGCCUUAUCAAGAGAUACCAGGUGAUGUUUGGCGCUGGGGUGAAUGAGGGGAUGGGCUUACAGGGGGCCCUCCCUGUGCCUGUCUUCGAGGUACUCAACAAACAGUUUGGGGUGAGCUUUGAGUGUUUCGCCUCGCCGCUCAACUCCUACUUCAAGCAGUUCUGCUCGGCUUUCCCUGACACCGACGGCUUCUUUGGGUCCAGGGGGCCCUUCCUGAACUUCUCACCGGCUAGUGGCUCCUUCGAGGCCAACCCUCCCUUCUGUGAGGAGCUGAUGGAUGCCAUGGUGACACACUUUGAGGAACUACUGGAGAAGUCCAGUGAGCCCCUGUCCUUCAUCAUCUUUGUCCCGGAGUGGCGAGAUCCGCUGACCCCGGCCCUCAACCGCAUGGAGACCAGCGCCUUCCUCCGCCAUCAUAUGUCGGUGCCCGCCUUUGAGCACGAGUACCGCAGCGGCUCGCAGCACAUCUGCAAGAAGGAGAUGUACUACAAGGCAGUUCACGGCACGGUGAUCAUCUUCCUGCAAAAUGACUCCGGCUUCACCAAGUGGGAGCCCACGCCGGAGCGCAUCCAGGAGCUGCUGGCAGCCUAUCAGGUCUCCCAGAGAACAUUGGGCUCCCCAGUUCCCUCCUCCACCUCCUCUGCGCCCACUAUGCCCUCCCCAGCCAGUGCGGAGUUGUCGGGCAGCAAAGACUCUACUGCCGCCAAGACGGCACCUGAGCGAUCGGCCAGUUUGGACACAUCACCCGCUAGCCAGGAAAACAGCAGUAGUUCUUGUAGUCCUCUGGAAAAUACUACACCACCUUCCGAGGCAGCCAGCCUUUAAAUGCAAGGGAGGGGACAUGGGUGAGAGUAAGGUGCGUUUUGGGGAUGGGGACCCUACAACUGGUGCUGAGAGAGUGUGGGGUGAGGAUUUGGCCCUGGACUACUCGGGGGGCUUGGGUAGCCUACGAAGGAGGGCCUCUCCCCUAAAAUAGGUUUACUUUCUCUGCCUCGACUAUUUAAUAUUAGUUCUACUAGGUUUUUAUGAUUCUGGUCGUUAUUUACUAUAGUAUCUCUCGUUGCUUUUUAUCAAUGUAGCUAGUGGUAGCGGUUUACUAGGAUUUAUUUUUCCAUCAUUGUUGCUGUCAUUGUCAGUAAUUAUUGGGUAAUUCUAUACCUUGUUCAUUGGCCUUUUGCUGUAGAGUGCGUCCAAAAUGGCACCCUGAGAAUAGGGUGCCAUUUGGGACAUACAUUGUGAUCUGCUCCCGGACAGCAGGAUUUGGUUGUCGGUUUUGACGUGUGGAUUUGAAAAGUGGGUCCUUGGAAAAGAUUUUUGUUUUGUUUGUCCAAAAUCCUCUCUAUCCCUGAAUAGGUACAGAAGAGAGAUGUGUCAUUGGGUGAUAAGGCAGCUAUGUUUCUAACUCCCUUAAGCCUACAAAUAAUUUAGAGGCAAUCAUUGUACAUAGGACAGCCAUCAGUAAGUUAGAGCAGGGUUUCCCAAGCUAGGUUUUUGCCCUAGCAGUACACAGUGAUUCAAAUAACCAAAGCAUGAUGAGGAGUUGGAUGUUUUAAAUCAGCUGUGUAGUGCUAGGGGGAAAACUAAAAUGGGCACCGAGGGGGGCCCCAGGAUCGUGUUUGGAGAACCCUCAGGGUACUGAACGAGAGAGAUUGAGGGCUUUGAAGACAUUGCAUUUCUUUGUGGACAAUUUUUAUGCAGGUCACACAUACCACAGAGUAGUAGUUGCAUAUAGGCCAAUACACCAUUUCUGCAGUUAGAGGAAUUUUGUAAAAAGUAAAUAAAUACAAAAAUCAAUACAUGCAAAUACAGGCCAUUAAUACAUCUUACAAUGGCAAAAUGUUGUAAACCAUUGGUAAGCGUUGGCUCGAGCAACAGCUGAAUUACUAUGCCUUUCCCCCUGCGCUGUGUUUGUUGACCUGGCUUGUUGAGCAAAAUACAGUACGUCCCUUUGCUUAUAACCCUAUCCACGUCUCUAAAAUAUGGUAAAGUACUAAAUGUAAUAAUACCUGAUGUAAAUUAUACCCUCGUUAAACAUAUUCUGUGAUUGUGUUCAACCUGGUUGCGUUAUUUUCACAUUGUAGUGCGUGGUAUGGCAUGGAAACAUAAAAUAGUUAUGUUGUUU